AUGGAGGGUGAUCGAGAGUUCAAACACUUGUGCAAGUUAUGCAACAGGAGCUUCCCUUGUGGGAGAUCUUUGGGAGGUCACAUGAGGUCCCAUUUGAUCGAAAGUCAAGCUGAAACUGGUGAGAAUCUUAAGAAAAUGAAACUGGUGGAUAAGUUUCUAGGAGCUGGCGUUUCUGAUGGUUAUAGUCUAAGAAAGAAUCCCAAAAAGACUUGCAGGCUUGCUGAAUUCAGUGCUGAGGACAGGUUUUGCAGAGAAUGUGGUAAGAGCUUUCAGUCAUGGAAGGCCCUGUUUGGGCACAUGAAAUGCCACUCCAUAGAAACUGAGAGAGUGUCUAGUAAUUUGGAGUUUGAGGGCCACUCAGAUGAUGAUCAUGGUAAUAGAUCUAGGAGGAAAACAAGGUACAUGGCUGCUGAAACUGAUUCUUCAUCCGUUUCUGAUCACAAUGAUCAAGAACAAGAAGAGGUGGCUUUGUGUUUAAUGAUGCUUUCUAGAGACGUUGGUGGGUUUUAUUCAACCACCGCUGAGUCUUUGCUCCCAAAAACUCACUUCCCCAAAGUUGUUCAGGCAAUUCCUUCUGUAUGUGUGGGAAGUAAGAUGGUGAAACUCAAAGAAUUCCACAGCAGAAUGGAUUCUGGGUAUCUCAAAUUUGAAAGAACAACCUCAGAAUUCAGUGCUUAUAUUGUGAAGAUGAACAAGAACAAUGAAAAAUAUGGGUCCAGUUCUAACAAUCAAACGGAGCUGAACCCACCUCAGUUCAUGUCAAGUGGGUUCAAUUCAGAUCAGAGGAAGUUUCAGGAGCUUUCUACUGGGGAAUUAAGGUCAAAUUCGUUCAAAAGAUCAUUACCUAAUGAACUAAACUCAGAAGGCUACAAAAGCAGAGUAAAGAGAAGCAAAUUUCAGUGUAAUUCUUGCCAUAAGGUGUUUCACUCAUAUCAAGCACUUGGUGGGCAUAGAGCCAGCCACAAGAAAGCCAAAGGAUGCUUAGCUUCAUCGAAGACAGAAAGCAGUGAAAACAGCAUCGAAACAGAAAUUUCAAUCGACCCAACUUUUGAAAGUAAGCCCACACCCACAGUUUAUGAAAUGGAAAAUCAGCAGGAACCAGAGAUUCAUAUGGGGUAUGAGAAAAAGAACAGAAAGCAUCAUCAAUGUUCAAUUUGCUUCAGAAUCUUUAGUUCAGGCCAAGCUUUAGGCGGCCAUAAGAGGUCCCAUUUGAUAAGUGGGUCGGAACCCAGAAACAAAAUGCCACAACAAACCACACCGAUUCGAAAACCAGAGCCGGAGUUAAGAGACUACCUGGAUCUGAACCUCCCAGCGCCAAUCGACGAAGAGGGCAGCAGCAACCAUUUGAGCACAAUCGAGCCAUGGUGGGUCGGUGGGAGCCAAUCGCACGAGCCGCCAUUAGUGGGUUUGAUUUGA